CUGCUUGUCUCUUCUCAUGUCUGCAAACGAUGUCGUCUUGUAGGCGGUUCUACUUGUACCACGCACUCUGCGCAGCUUCUUAGUUCCAUUUUUGGUAAAUAAAAAUAAAGUUAGAAAUUUCCCGCUCAUUUCUCAACUCUGCAGUCUCCGAUCCAUGGCGCCCAAGCCUGAUAAUGUCGAAGGAAUCGUGCUCAAUUUUGUAAAUGAGCAAAACCGACCAUUGAAUUCUCAGACAGUAGCAGAUUUUCUGCAAAAAUUCAACCUGAAAAAGACGGGUGUACAGAAGGCAUUAGACACUCUUGCUGAUGCUGGAAAAAUAUCAUUUAAGGAGUAUGGUAAACAAAAAAUAUACCUUGCUCGGCAAGAUCAGUUUGACAUUCCAAACAGUGAAGAGCUUAAUCGAAUGAAGGAAGAAAACUCCAAACUGCAAGCUCAGCUAGAUGAACAAAAGAAAGCAAUCAGUGAGGUAGAGGGAGAGAUCAAAUCUCUGCAGUCUAAUCUAACUCUUGAGGAUAUACAUAGCAAAGAAAUGAAACUGCAAAAGGAGGUUAGCAAUAUGGAAGAGAAAUUGACCAAACUGCGCGGAGGUGUCACUCUGGUGAGUCCAGAGGAGCGAAAAGUUAUUGAGUCAUUAUAUUCAAGUACAAUCAGUCAGUGGAGAAAGCGCAAGAGAAUGUUUAAAGAUAUUUGGGACUCUAUAACAGAGAACUCGCCUAAGAAUCCAAAAGAAUUCAAGGAGGAACUUGGACUUGAGUAUGAUGAAGAUGUUGGCGUAAGUUUGCAGUCCUUUUCUGAUCUAAUGCCGCAAGGAAAAAAGCGUGCUAGGGGGCAGUAAAUUUAUGUACAUCCUCUUUACUUAUUGACAACUCUAGGGAAACCAGUCUAAAUAUACAGGUAUAUCAGAUAUUGUUGAUACAGUCUGUUUGGUAAUAUUUGAUACAUGCUUCUUGUACAUGACUAGCAAGUAGUAACUAUUUCUCGGAGUUUUUCCCUCGAUAUCUUUAUUCCUUAUUUAUAAGAUUGAAAAGUAUUAGAUCCUAAGCGAAGAUUAGGGGG